AUGCUGAUACUCUUGUUCUUCCUCACAUUCAGCCCGACGGCGCUCGCCUUGAUCACGGUCACCAUCACACACACGACCACGGUCCAGGCCUCCGUGCCAGCGACGGCCGAGGCGGCGCCACCUCCACCGCCAACCCCUGCAACAACGGCUCCGGUGACUCCUGCCCCAAACCCAACAACGUUGGCAACGUCCUUCACAAAGCACUGCGACUUGAGCUACUGCAGUAAUGGGUCCAUCUGGUGCCACUACUGGGCCGGCGUCACGGGCUGGGACAUCUCGCGAGGACCGCUGCCUGGCGAGACGGUGACGCAUCUGGGGUCAUGCACGGCAGGCUGA